GUGUCAUAACUCCAGAAUUUACAAGCAUUAGCUGUAGGAAAAGGAAAAUAUAACAGCUUCCUCUUUUUUUUUAAUUUUGUUUCAGCUCUGAAAACUUUCUUUGUAAAUGCACACAUUUCUGGUGAAAGUUUUUUUUUUUUUUUACCCCCCCAUCAAACUUCCCUUAAAGUUUUAAAUCUGGUGGCUGGUGGAUUUCUAUAUUUCAGCUCAUGUUCUCAAACAUAACCCACCUCUGUCACCUGCUGUGUCUCCUGCUGCUCAKCCGAACCAUUAUCUGCUUGGGAAAGACUCGAACCAAAGGUGGGCUGAAACCUGAACGCCGAGGCCAUCUGGACCUCUGCUGAGGCAGCUGACCGGUUGGGGCUGUUUCUGGGCAAAGAGUCUGGGAAUGGAAAACACUGAUCUGUUACUGGAAGGGGAUUGAAAGCAGAACACUCAGAGGAUCAAAUAUCAGGCCGUGGAGAUCAGCAGCCAACGCUGAACCUUUCUGUGGGCUGACCUCAAAGUCACAGAGAUGAAAAUACUCUGAUCUUUUCAUUUUUCUUCACAAGAUUUCCAAUUUCUAGCCUCUAAAAGCACCCGAAUCACUGUAAGAGCUGAAUAUCCACCAGCUGUUGUCUACAUGGUACCUGCUGGUACAGUGGACUGCUCAGGUGUCUCCUUAGAGAUAAUUACAUGUCUGGGGACUUGAGUUGUCUUGGAUCCGGUCUCACUUUAGUCAGCCAGAGAGGCAGAGCGAACAAACAACCGACACGGAGUAAAAAUCAAUCUUUGCCACAACCUCAGUGGACAAUCCUCAUGGGGGGCCUGGCAGCUCUUUGUCUGCUGCUGAUGUUUCCAGUGAGCAGCUCACAGAACCCUUUCCAGUUGGAGCAGGAGCUCAGCGUCCAUCAGGGUCCAGCUGCACCUCCUCCAAACGUACGAGAACUCCUCAUAAGAGACGAUAGCCCUCACCUUAACGCCCAACAAACAUAUGCUCAAGAUGACAAAGACAACGCCAAGAUAUUCCUCUUCAUCGCUGCCUCCGUCGGGACCUUCGCUCUGAUGGUCGCCGUUUACUGCAUCUACAACAAGUUCUACACCAAACAGCAGUACCUGCACGCCCAGCUCAACGAUGACCCAGACUCGGAUACCUUGGACCCACCUGUGUUUUUUCACGCCUCCGCUGACUCCAGUGCAGCUUGYUUACAGAAAUCUGGUUACGGCUCGCUCUCCGACACUCCGUCCAUUAUUUCUGUGCCCCCCAGUCUGUCCCCUCAUCCUUCUGCCAUGCCCUUCCCUCCCCUCUUCCUGUCCUCUCGCUCUUUGAGAACCAUAUCCGCUCAGGAUUUGGAAAAGAAUUGCAUCUGAGGCUUUUAAAGUUAGCUGCUGAAGAAAAUAUAGUCAGUAAAAAGUGUUUGUUGUUUUUCUUCAGUUCAAAUCUUGGUAAUAUUUGUACAAAAAUAUUUAAUUUACAGAUGCAAUGACAACUUUUCACUAUUAUAUCUACUGCAAACUUAGUCACUUGUGAUGUUUGUCACUUGCAAUAGAAAACAGUUUUGCGUUUUAUCUUUUAUCACCACAAAUCUCAGUAGUGAAUAAACAGUUCAAAAAGAA